AUGCAUCUAUCACCGGCAAUGGCUUUACCUUAUACCCCAAGUCGCACCUCUACGAAGCCUCCGAAUCCAAAACCAAGGCAAAAACAAGAAACUCCUGCCUUAGCUCCAGCUCUAACUCCAAGAUUACUCCCGGGAGAGCGAAGGGUCAAGCCUCGCCUUAGCAAGCCAAGUCUCGAUCCUGUUCUGGAGAGCGAUCAACGACUCUCAAGUGAUGCAGAGCAGAUUGUCACUGUGGAUGCUGCCAAAGUGACGAGAAAGCAGUCAUUACCGAUACUCACCAGAAAACGAAGUGACUUCUUCGAGGAAGCAUUUGGAUCCAAGCAUGCGCAAGACCCCGGUGAUCGAAUACGGAAUGAGUCUCCUGUGCUAGUAGAAAUCAAGACCAACGUCAUUAUUGAAGAUGAAUUCACCUUCAUCACUGAACUAUCCGAGUACCUCUCUUUGCGAUAUAAUCGCCCGGCGUCUUCUAUCGUAAUGACAGUCCAACAUGGGAUCUGUAUUCAGUUUGGUGGCGGUUCUGAUCCUUGCUACACCAUGACAAUCGAGGCUCUCGCUCGAGACGUUCAGACGACGACAAACAAACGCAACAUUGCUCUCUUUCAGAGACACAUGAAGCAGGCCCUGAGAAUUCCUCCAUCUAAGGGGUUCUUGAGAUUCGUUCCCCUCGCCGAAGACUGCGCUGUGUGGAAAGGUAACACACUUGCUGGGCAUAUUACAGGGGUAAUAGAAGAGGCACAAGCGAUGACGGAGCGUCGAGGUUCGCUCAGAGCUCCGAGGAGAAGAUCUAGUAAGGUGAGCCUCUUAUAUCGCUAUGUUGAAGAAGCUGGUUUUGAUCAACAUGAGUAGGCAUUUCGAGGAAUAAGGAGUAAGAUGACUGCAUCAGAGAGCGCAUCUGCAUUAAAUCCUAACACAUCGAAUGGAAUAUUGUCUAAUGACCCAGAAACUCUUGGAAAGGCUGCAAAAAGCGAGGCCGAGACCGAGAAAGACAACACAAAGGCGAUAAAGCGAAGGAGGAGUUUCAUUCAUGCCCUGUUUCCUAGGUCAGCGAGCCGACUAGCGGAAAGAGAGGCAGAAUGAGAGAAAAUGAAUGCAGAAAUCCCUAUCAGCUAGGUAGCCACCAGCAGUGAUUAGAGGGUUGAAAUAUCGAUAGAACUCUUUUGUUGGCGAGGAAUGAUAUGAACGGAAUUGUUAAGUCAUAUAACGCUUCGGUACAGGGUAACCUGCUGCAGAUUGCAUGCGCCACAGGUAACAUGAAGAUAUCAAGAAAAUAUUGGAAGA